CUCUUUUCUUAUGCAUGUGAACCUAUUUGGCUAUUUCCCUUUCUCAUACCCAUGCUCUAAUCCGAUUUAUACACAUUUACACUUCGAUUUGUCUUCCUUCUCUCGUAAACAUGCCAGUUCUUGAGUUUGAAUCCAAUAUUUCUAGUGUCUCAUCAAGCAGUCCAAGAGUACCUCAAGUUAACACAAGAAUGGAUAACUCCACCGUUCAUGCUGAACCACCGGUGUCAACUACAAACAUGGACCCAACCUUGGAAUCUGGAGUCGCAAAUCAAACUCAAUCACCACCUUCACAACUACCUUUUUUUACGCGAAUCUUUACGUCCAAUUACUCUCAAGUUUGAAGAUUUGGUUUACACUAUUAAGUUGCAAUCUGGAGACGACCAUUGUUUUAGUUCAUCUGAAUCAAAAAGAACCCGGAUUCUUCUGAAUGGAGUCAGUGGCGUAGUCAGACCAGGGGAAUUACUAGCGAUGUUAGGCCCAUCCGGCAGUGGAAAAACCACCUUACUAACCGCCCUUGGAGGUAGACUACCUGGAAAGACGUCAGGCAGCAUAACUUACAACGGCCAAUCCUUCUCAAGCUCUGUGAAAAGAAAAAUUGGUUUCGUGACACAAGAUGACGUGUUAUACCCACACUUAACUGUUUUAGAAACUUUAACCUACGCUGCCAUGUUGAGGUUGCCCAAGAGUUUGACCAUAGAAGAGAAAGUAGAGCAAGCUGAGCUAAUCAUAAUCGAACUUGGUCUAACAAGGUGUCGCAAUAGCAUCGUGGGAGGGCCACUUAUACGAGGUGUUUCUGGUGGGGAGAGAAAACGGGUUAGUAUUGGACAAGAGAUGCUGGUGAACCCGAGUCUCCUGCUUCUUGAUGAGCCCACUUCAGGGCUCGACUCCACCACAGCUUUAAGGAUCAUGGCUACAUUGAAAGGACUAGCUCGAGGAGGAAGGAGUGUGGUAACAACGAUUCAUCAGCCAUCAAGUAGAUUGUAUUGGAUGUUUGAUAAGGUUGUUGUGUUAUCUGAAGGGUGCCCGAUUUACAGUGGGCAAACUUGCGGGGUUAUGGAGUACCUUGCUUCCAUUGGAUAUGUGCCCGGGUUUAGUUUGAUGAACCCGGCUGAUUUUCUGCUUGAUCUUGCCAAUGGUGUUGCACCUAGUACAAACCCAGAUGAUCAUAGACAAUAUAAUCAAGGAAAAGCAGAUUCCCAUGAAGAUCGCAACUCAAUUAAGCAAUCUCUAAUAUCAUCAUACAAGAAAACCCUUCACCAUCUUAUCAAAGACGACAUCCAUAGAAAUAUCCAUGACGCAACUCGUGCUCAUAGAGGACCACAAUCUUCGAGAUGUUGUGACAACAGAUGGACCACAAGUUGGUGGACACAAUUUAAAGUUUUGUUCAAAAGAGGUCUUAGAGAGAGGAAGCACGAAUCGUACUCUGGUUUACGAAUCUUCCCAAGUGAUGUCUGUCUCAAUCUUAUCGGGUCUUUUAUGGUGGCACUCCGAUACAUCACACUUGCAAGAUCAGGUGGGACUUCUCUUCUUCUUUUCAAUAUUUUGGGGCUUUUACCCUCUAUCCAAUGCCAUAUUUACGUUCCCUCAAGAGCGACCAAUGCUAAUAAGAGAACGCUCUUCUUCAAUGUAUCGCCUCUCCUCAUAUUACUUUGCUAG